AUGGCCCACUAUCGCAUCUUCCCGGUCAAAAUUUUUCGCGCUGCUGUCAUUGGGAUGUUCGUUGAACCUUGGAAGGCAUGGAAUCCGUCAUUCCCAAAGGAGUGCAAUGACCUUCAUGCAACGUACUUUUCCACUGCUGGAAUCAACAUCCUGACGGAUCUGGCCAUCCUACUCAUGCCCCUUUCUCUUCUCAUGAAGUUGAAUCUGCAUGAUCGAAGAAAAUAUGCAUUGAUUGCUAUUUUCAUGAUUGGAGCUUUUGCCUCUGCCGCAUCGAUUGUUCGUCUCAAUGCACUCUACAGAUAUACUAUCACAGGCGAUGUGUUCUACGAUGCGAUACAGAUUCUCCUCUGGUCUCAGAUAGAAGUCAACAUCGCCAUCAUCUCUGCCUCCACCCCAUCUCUCCGACCUAUGUUCCCCAGCAUCUUCAAGAGCUCUUCUUAUGACCGUUCCUAUAAUUACCGAAACCAAUCGAACAACAUUUACGUGGCUAUGGUGGUAGCUAUGACACUGGGAGGUCAAACUACUGCCGAUCUUUGA